AUGGGGACCAGUAGCUUUGUCUUCAAGCAUGUCUUCUCGCUUUUAUUGAAUAUUCUCUUCCAACUCUACCAGGCUUUCUACAUGUACAUGCCGUGGAACGAGUCCUCAAUAUCUAAGAACAACAACGGCACGAGCUUCACAAACUCCUUCACCGAUAUUGAAAUAGCAAAGGCUGUCUUCGAUACAGCUUAUGGGACUGUGCUGAGGCAAGAGGCGAAGGACAUCCAAUGGUUUGACCUCUACAGAUAUGCCAGUUUGCGGGAUGUGAUUAUAAUUCGGUUGCAAGAGUCUGGAUGGGAAGACGUCGGUGACAAGUUGCAGGUGGCAUUUGAUAGGUUCCAUGAUGAGACGGAGCCCCUCAACCAGACACAAGUAACAUGGGCAAGAAUCGUCGAGGCAACCAAUUUUCCUUAUGUUACGUCGAAGUUCGAGCCAUUUCUUGAGGCAUCGUUGGAGACAGAAGAGGAGCAGAACCAUGCUCGGAAAGUCCUGUGCAAGAUCUUUGGCGUUCGGGGCACUCUGAAAUCGAAGCAAGACACCAAAAAGGUGCAUGAGACCAGGCUGGCCGUGAUCCAGAACGCUGAGGCUGCCUGGCUCAAUACAGACCGCGAGACUCUGAUCAAUUUCGUCAGUAGAUUGGCGGCUCUCACAGACGAUGAAGACGGGGAUAAAAGAUGGGCGGACUUGCAUGAGAUGGUGGGGGCGGAUCUGGCCUUGAAAGAGGCGCUUGUUGACCAUCGUCGUGCGGUAAAAGACGAGCUGUGA